AUGUUUGCUCGAACGGGAGAAACAAGAUGGCUAAAAGGGAGUCGGUGGCGAGCCGAAUUUGGCUCAUGGCGUCAAAAAGCAGCAAGUCAACAGGAUACAGGGGGUGCAGUGAUGGAUGAUGGAGAUUCCUUAUUCGUUAGCAUAUCCAAUACUCAGUCUCGAAUCAUUAUGCAAUUAGGGCAAUUAAGUUCAAGACUAAGGACGCCUAGAAGAAAUCGCAGCGUGCAAGGAUGGCGCAACGGCUACAGAAAAUUGGCGACUGCACACGAGAUGAAAUCAACGUUGCUCAAUCAAUUCAUCACGUGCACGAUCGGUCUAAAUGAAAGCAAUCAAAAUGAAUAUGGCGAUUCAAAUCAAGUGAUAGCAAGUAAUUUAAUCAUAAUUCAAGGCUUGCAGCUUAGCCAUCUUUCUGCAUGUGUCAAGAAUGAUAGCGAUGCAAUUUUGGAUCAAUGUCCGCAACGCGAUAUGGAAAAACACGCAGUAGAGGCUCCGCUUUCUGUGCCAUUUUUCCAUUUGCUUACAGCUUAG